CUCGAGAACGUGAACUCAAGCAGAACAAGCCCGCCUUGUGCAGCGAACAGACCAGCCAUUCAGAAACCGUUCGUGUUUUAACAACUGAAAGCUUUUGCUGUUUUUUUUUUGGUUCGUUUGUUGUGAUCGGUCAACGAUGAUCUGGACGGUGAAGAGCUUCGUGCUGCUGUGCUUGUGGCUGUUACAAGAAGGAGCACAUGCCUGCACCUGUGGCGCGGCGCAUCCGCAGCAGGCGCUUUGCCAUGCAGACGUCGUCAUCAAAGCAAAGGUGGUGGGAGUGAUGGAUGAUGGUGACAUCUUCACGCCCAUUAAGUAUAACAUCAAACAGACCAAGAUGUUCAAGGGCCCUAACAAGAAUUUUGAUGUGAUCUAUACCCCUUCAUUGUGCGGAGUCACUCUGUCUAAAGGCAUCGAUUAUCUGAUCUCAGGCAGAGUGAAGUCCAACCACACGCUGCACGUCAACCUGUGCAACUUCCUCGAGCCGUGGGAUAAAUUGACCGCUGCGCAAAGGAGUAACCUGGUGCAUCGCUACGAAAUGGGCUGCGGGUGCAAGAUCACUUACUGCACCUCCGUCCCGUGCGCCAUCAGCAGCCCCGCUGAGUGCUUGUGGACAGAUUACCUGACGGAGGGUGUAGUCUUCGGCAGCCAGUCCCGGCACUUUGCCUGCGUCAAGAGAAACGACGGCUCUUGCGCCUGGUACCGGGGUGCCGAAUACCCCAAAAAGAAAUUCAUGGAUAUUGAAGAGCCUUAACUCACAUUUAAAAUGAAAAAUUAUUGGAGUGUUUUUUUUUCCCAUGGUGAUGAGCACUUUCUGUCUUCAAAGCACUUCAGUAUAAACUACUGCUUCAGCAGAUCUUAAAGCAAUCCACAUAAGUCAGUAUUAAGCUUCACUGCAAUGUUAUUACUGGUUUUAAUAUCUGACAAAUUAUUUUUCUUCCUGGUAGGCCAAAUAUAUUUAAACAAUGAUGAACUGACUGUGGAAAGAGGGUUGAGCCCUCCUGUGUUUUAUAUGCUAUUUGUAAAAUGUUGAUUCUGUCAAGAGAACUAGAUCUCUCACUCUUUUGCAUACAAGUUUGUGAAGCCAAUUUCAAUGGUGUUUGGAACAGUAUUGUACUUUUUUUGACAUGUUUAAUAAAUAUUACAGUAAUAUU